AUGCCCACCCAGGGAAUGACCAAAGAAGAAAAACGCCUCACCCUCGCCCUACGCCGGUGGUACAUCUCCGCAACAACGACCACAAUCGACAACAGCGGCUCUGCCCUGGACCGCGAAAACGCUGAGAAGCUUCUGGGCUGGGUGCGGCUCGCCGUCGAGAUCCUGGAAGAGAUCCUCGAGCGGCAGGGAGGGUACAAGAAGCGUGGGGAGUGUCAUCUGCGCCGAAAGGAUUAUGACAAGGAUAAGCGUACGUAUGAUUUGUUGAUUCCGCAUGUUGCGCCCUUUUUGAGCAUUGAGUUUGGGAGGGAGCGGGAUAUGGAGAGGUAUAUGGAGGCUGGGGAUGCGCUUUGGUGUUAUUUUAACGGGUAUCAGGAGUAG